ACGUUUCCAGUAAUCCGAUCCCUCGAAAUCUUCCUCAGCUCCAUUUCAAGUAUCCGAUACAACCUUCAAGUGCUGACUGCGCAGGCAGCUAUGAAAAGGGAUCACAGCAAGGUCGAGGGCCCCUUCGAGGAGCCUUCUCGCACAGCUCCCCAGGCGGACUCAGCUGAGGCGUCGGCAAAUCCUGGCCCGGCCCCCGACGUUGACCUUCCCAGAACCCCUCAGAGACCCAUACGCCGUGUUAGACACUUGCCUGAAAGAGCCGCUAGAAGUAGAGCUGUCAGAAGAAUCAACCAGGCAGCCUCCAGAAACAACCCCGCGCAGAGAAUCCAACCUGCACAGAAUACCGUACCAUACUUGCCGGGCCAGGACGCAAUAGCUGGUUAUCAAGUUGUAGAUGCAAAUUACGCGACGGGGUACGGAAACAACGUGUAUCAUAUCUCGCAGCCACUUCAGCUUCAAUAUGCAGAUGUCACUCCCGCUGAAGCAUACAGCAUGUAUCCGAAUCAAGAGGCAAAUCCUCCGGUGCAAGGAGGCAUAGUAGCUGCAGCCAUGGCACAGGACCCUCAGCCAGAGCAGCCCCCAGUGCACCCCGUUGCGAGGGAUGCUGCGCUUUUCCAGAACUACGUCAACACUUUGAUGGAGGAACUCGAUCAAGGUCUAUAGAUUCUGUCCUUGGCUUUGAAUAAGGGGAAUCUGAAAUAAGACGGAAAUCUUUUCUUUUCUUUUUGAUGGCAGACAAAAAUCGACAUGCGGCACGGUUAUCAUAUCGGGCUUUUUGUUUCCAGAAUAAGUCCAAGCCGAGGAUAUUGGUUUCGAGUGUGGAGUACAUCGCUUUCAC